GAAAACAAAGCAAAGCAGCUAUUUUCCAACUCUGAAGGACAUUCUCAUGGCUGUGAAAAAUGCUCUCUUGGAAGCCCAAGAUGUAGAACUUCACCUGAGACCUCUGAGAAGACACAUCCAGAGUCUCCAGGAGGUGGAAUUCCCACAGACUCGGGUAUUGAUCACUCCGCUACUUCAUACCAUCUGUCUGAUCUGGAGCCAUUCCAAGUUCUAUAAUACCCCUGCUCGGAUUAUAGUUCUAUUGCAAGAGUUUUGUAAUCUCUUCAUUGACCAGGCAGUAGCAUACCUUUGUCCUGAAGACCUUUUGAAAGGAGAAAUUGAAGACUCCCUAGAAAAGGUUCAAGUGGCCAUUAACAUCUUCAAUACUUUCAAAAACUCUUUUUUCAACUAUAGAAAAGGAUUGGGAGGCCGUUUUGUGGGAAAGGAGGAGCUGAAACCGUGGGAUUUCCAGUCACAUCUGGUGUUUUCUACAUUUGACAAAUUGCUUGACCGUUUCAUGAAAAUAGAGGAUAUAUUUGUCAUCAUAUUGGAAUUUGAAAAGCUGGACAGACUGGAAUUUGGAGGUUCCAAGGGAGCAAUAUUAAAUGAACAAAUCCGAGAGAUAAGUGAAGAGUUUACAGAACUCUGCAAGGUUUUCAAGCAGAGCGUAUCAUUCUGUCUCUGUCUCUCUUCUUCUGAAUUUGAAGAUGAUUAUAGUACAUUUAAGGCUCAAAUUUUGGAUUUUGAUCGAAGGCUUGGCACCAUUCUUUGUGAAGGUUUUCUUAACUGCAGUGGUUUGGAAUCUGCCUUUAAGCUUUUGACCAUAUUUGGGAAUUUUCUAGAGAAACCAGUUGUUAUGGAAAUUUUUAGCCCACAUUACAGCACACUGGUGCACAUGUUUGACACAGAGUUGGAUAUGUGUAAACAAUUGUAUAAUGAACACAUGAAACAGAUUGAACAGGGAAAUGUAGUUCUUAACAAGAAUAUGCCAUUUACCUCAGGAAAUAUCAAAUGGGUUAAAGAGGUUCUUGAACGGCUUCAGACAUUUUGGUCAAACUUUGCAUCACUCCAUUAUCUAUUCUUGGGAAGUCCUGAUGAUGUCUUAGUUUAUCAGAAGUAUGUUGAAAUGACAACUUUGUUAGACCAAUUUGAAAAUCAUAUCUAUAAUGAGUGGAAAAGUAACGUGGAUGAAAUUUGCGAAUUCAAUUUGAAUCAACCCUUGGUUAAAUUCAGUGCCAUCAAUGGGCUUCUUUGUGUCAACUUUGAUCCAAAGCUAGUGGCUGUAUUGAGAGAAGUAAAAUACCUUUUGAUGUUGAAGAAGUCAGACAUUCCGCAUUCGGCAUUAGCCAUCUUUGAAAAAAGAAACACCAUUUUAAAGUACAUUGGAAAUCUUGAGCUUCUUGUGCAAGGCUACAAUAAGCUGAAGCAGACUCUCCUGGAAGUUGAAUACCCACUGAUUGAAGGUGAGCUGAAGUCUCUGGAUGAGGAGCUGCAAGCGGCAGCGACCUCACUGACGUGGCAGCAUGACUGCUGGGGGUACAUUGAGCGGGUGAGAAUAGCCACCUCCGAGCUGGAGCGCAGAGUCGAGCACACCCAGAGCAACGUGAAAGAGAUCCAGCACACCAUGAGGGCCUGGGCCGAGUGUCCACUCCUCCCCAGAAGGGAGCACAGGAAGGACACAGCCUUGACAUUGGAGGACAAAGGUGAUUUGUUUGCUAAAAAAUACAAGCUCAUCCAAGAAGAUGGCUGCAAGAUCCACCACUUGGUUGAGGAAAAUAGGAAGCUCUUUAAGGCCAAUCCUUCUUUGGAUACAUGGAAGAUUUAUGUAGAAUUCAUUGAUGACAUCGUGGUGGAAGGAUUUUUUCAAGCUAUACUGCACGACUUAGACUUCUUUCUGAUGAACACAGAGAAACAACUGAAACCUGCACCAUUUUUUCAAGCACAGAUGAUCUUAAUGCCCCCUGAGAUUCUGUUUAAACCGUCUUUAGAAAAAGAGGCUGGCGAUGGCUUCUAUGACUUGGUAGAAGAAAUGCUUUGCAAUAGUUUCAGAAUGUCUGCCCAGAUGAAACGUGUAGCAGAACAUCUGGAAAUAGAAAAUUAUCAGAAUGACAUGGAUAACAUGACUGGCCUGGCAGAGGUCAGGCAGGAGAUAAUGAAAAGAGUGUCAGAUGUCAUCAACAAAGUCUUGGACUUUAGAAAUACCUUGGACACAUAUGCUUACCUCUGGGUGGAUGACCGAGCUGAGUUUCUCAAGCAUUUUCUCCUGUAUGGCCAAACUCUGUCAUCUGAGGAGAUAGACACUCAUGCCAAUGAUGAAAUUCCUGAACAGCCCCCCACUCUGGAACAGUUCAAAGAGCAGAUUGACAUUUAUGAAGCUUUGUAUGUUCAGAUGAGCAAAUUUGAUGACUUCCGAGUGUUCGAUAGUUGGUUCAAGGUGGACAUGAAGCCCUUCAAAAUGAACUUGCUGAACAUCAUUAAGAAAUGGAGCUGGAUGUUUCAGGAGCAUCUUCUGAGAUUUGUUGUCGACAGUCUGAAUGAGCUGCAAGAAUUUAUCAAGGAGACAGAUGCUGGACUUCAGAGAGGAUUGAGGGAAGGCAAUCAUGAUGGUUUAGUUGAUAUCAUGGGGCACCUUCUGGCUGUAAGAAGCCGACAGAGAGCUACUGAUGAACUCUUUGAACCGCUGAAAGAAACUAUCACACUCUUGGAAACUUAUGGCCAAAUGAUGCCUGAGCAAGUCUAUAUUCAACUAGAGGAAUUGCCUGAAAGAUGGGAAACUACCAAAAAGAUUGCAGCCACAGUCAGACAUGAAGUUUCUCCUCUCCAGAAUACUGAAGUCACUCUUAUAAGAAAAAAAUGUGUUUUGUUUGAUGAAAAGCAGGCUGAGUUCAGAGAGAGAUUCAGAUUCUAUGCUCCUCUUGAUUUCAAUACAGAAAAUCCAUAUGUCGUGCUUGACAAGGCAAAUCAAGAACUGGAGGCAUUAGAAGAAGAAAUGUUGCAGAUGCAAGAAUCUGCUCAUCUUUUUGAAGUGGCUCUUCCAGAGUACAAACAAAUGAAACAGUGCCGCAAAGAAAUAAGAUUACUCAAGGGACUCUGGGACGUCAUCAUAUAUGUUAGAAGAAGCAUUGAUAAUUGGACUAAAACCCAGUGGAGACAGAUUAAUGUGGAACAGAUGGAUGUAGAACUCAGAAGGUUUGCCAAGGAAAUAUGGUCGCUAGACAAGGAGGUCCGUGGCUGGGGUGCAUAUGCCGGGCUGGAAGGCACCGUGAAAGACAUGAGGACCUCCCUGAAGGCAGUCACAGAGUUACAGAGCCCUGCGCUCAGACAGAGGCACUGGCACCAGCUUGCGAAGGCCACCGGGGUCAAGUUUUCAGUAAAUGAAGCUACGACAUUGGCAGAUUUAUUGGCUCUGCAGCUGCACCAAGUGGAAGAUGAGGUCCGGAGCAUUGUGGACAAGGCCGUGAAAGAGUUGGGGACAGAAAAGGUCAUUAUGGAAAUCAGCCACACCUGGGCAACCAUGGAGUUCUCCUAUGAAGUUCACUAUCGGACGGGCGUUCCUUUGCUGAAAUCAGAUGAACAGCUUUUUGAGACUCUGGAGCACAACCAAGUUCAAUUACAGACUCUUCUUCAGAGCAAGUAUGUGGAGUAUUUCAUUGAGCAAGUCUUAAACUGGCAAAAUAAAUUAAACAUAACAGAUUCAGUCAUCUUUACUUGGAUGGAAGUCCAGAGAACAUGGUCUCACCUGGAAAGCAUCUUUGUUUGCUCAGAAGAUAUUCGAAUCCAGCUUGUGAGAGAUGCAAGAAGGUUUGAUGGGGUAGAUGCUGAAUUUAAGGAGUUAAUGUUCAAGACAGUUAAAAUAAAAAGUGUUUUAGAAGCAACAUGCAGACCUAAUCUCUAUGAAAAACUCAAAGAUUUACAGUACAGGCUUUCUCUCUGUGAAAAAGCUCUUGCGGAGUACCUGGAAACCAAGCGAGUGGCUUUUCCACGCUUCUAUUUCAUCUCUUCUGCAGACUUACUUGACAUUCUCUCAAAGGGAACUCAGCCUGAACAGGUCACACGUCACCUUGCUAAGCUCUUCGACAGUCUGGCAGAUUUGCAGUUUGAAGAUGACCCAGACGUCUCCGUGCACCGAGCUGUCGGGAUGUACAGCAAAGAAAAGGAGUAUGUCUCAUUCCAGACACAAUGCGAGUGCCAAGGCCACGUGGAGACGUGGCUCCUGCGGCUGGAGCAGGCCAUGCGGGAAACGGUGCGCCAUGCCAUCACGGAAGCCAUCGCCGCCUACGAGGAGAAGCCUCGAGAACUGUGGAUUUUUGAUUUCCCGGCUCAGGUGGCACUCACGAGCUCACAAAUCUGGUGGACUACCGACGUGGGAAUAGCCUUCAGUAGGCUCGAGGAGGGCUAUGAGACAGCUCUCAAGGAUUUCCAUAAGAAGCAGGUUUCUCAGCUGAACACCCUGAUUGCCCUUUUGCUGGGAGAACUUCUCCCUGGAGACAGACAGAAGAUCAUGACAAUUUGUACCAUAGAUGUGCACGCCAGAGACGUGGUGGCCAAGCUUAUUUCUCAGAAGGUGGUCAGUCCCCAGGCUUUUGCUUGGCUGUCACAGCUUCGUCACCGGUGGGAGGACUCUCAGAAGCAUUGCCUCGUUAAUAUCUGCGAUGCCCAGUUCCAGUACUUCUACGAAUACCUAGGAAACAGUCCGCGACUAGUCAUCACGCCUCUCACAGACAGGUGCUAUGUAACUUUAACCCAAUCACUUCAUCUCACUAUGAGUGGGGCUCCAGCUGGCCCAGCUGGUACUGGGAAAACAGAAACCACCAAAGAUCUUGGACGUGCCCUCGGCAUGAUGGUCUACGUGUUCAACUGCUCUGAGCAAAUGGACUACAAAUCCAUAGGGAACAUCUAUAAGGGACUGGUACAGACAGGAGCUUGGGGCUGCUUUGAUGAGUUCAAUAGAAUUUCUGUGGAAGUUCUGUCCGUGGUAGCAGUGCAGGUGAAAAUGAUACAUGAUGCCAUCAGAAACAGGAAAGAAAGAUUUGUAUUUCUUGGAGAAGCUAUCACACUGAAGCCAUCAGUCGGAAUAUUUAUUACUAUGAACCCAGGAUAUGCUGGUCGAACCGAAUUACCGGAAAAUCUGAAAGCUCUUUUCAGACCCUGUGCCAUGGUAGCCCCUGACAUUGAGCUAAUCUGUGAAAUCAUGCUUGUGGCAGAAGGCUUUGUGGAUGCACGUUCCUUAGCCCGAAAGUUUAUUACUCUGUACACUCUGUGCAAGGAGCUACUCUCCAAGCAGGAUCAUUAUGACUGGGGACUCCGUGCUAUUAAAUCUGUCUUGGUGGUAGCUGGCUCCCUGAAACGUGGAGAUAAAAAUCGGCCAGAAGACCAGGUACUCAUGAGAGCGUUAAGGGACUUCAAUAUGCCCAAGAUAGUAACAGAUGACAUCCCUGUGUUUCUGGGCCUGGUUAGUGACCUGUUUCCAGCCCUGAGUGUGCCGCGGAGGAGGGCCCUACAUUUGGAACAGAUGGUCAAACAGUCCACGCUGGAGCUGCGCCUGCAGCCAGAGGAGAACUUCAUCCUCAAAGUUGUCCAGCUUGAAGAACUAUUGGCCGUGAGACACUCGGUUUUUGUGGUUGGAAAUGCAGGCACAGGAAAGAGUAAGAUUUUGAGAACACUGAAUCGAACAUAUGUCAACAUGAAACAGAAACCUGUUUGGAAUGACUUAAACCCCAAAGCUGUAACAACAGAUGAACUUUUUGGUUUCAUACAUCAUGCUACCCGAGAAUGGAAGGAUGGUCUCUUCUCCUUCAUCCUUCGAGAACAAGCAAACUUGAUGCAUGAUGGACCAAAAUGGAUAGUUCUAGAUGGAGAUAUUGAUCCCAUGUGGAUUGAAUCACUGAAUACUGUCAUGGAUGACAACAAGGUGCUGACCUUGGCCAGCAAUGAGCGCAUCGCCCUGACCCCCUCCAUGAGACUGCUCUUUGAGAUCCAUCACUUAAGGACCGCCACCCCUGCCACUGUCUCCAGAGCUGGGAUUCUGUAUGUAAACCCACAAGACUUAGGCUGGAAUCCGUAUGUGGCCAGUUGGAUAGACAGACGACGGCACCAGUCAGAAAAGGCCAAUUUAACUAUUCUCUUUGACAAAUAUGUUCCUGCCUGCUUGGAGAAACUGCGGACAAGCUUUAAGACCAUCACUUCGAUUCCAGAGACCAGCCUGGUGCAGACUAUUUGUGUUCUUCUUGAGUGCCUGCUGACGCCAGAAAAUAUUCCUUCUGACAGCCCCAAAGAAGUGUAUGAAGUCUAUUUUGUCUUUGCUUGUAUCUGGGCAUUCGGGGGCACCCUGCCACAAGAUCAGCUUUCUGGUUAUCAGGCUGAAUUCAGCCAGUGGUGGCAUAAGGAAAUGAGAACAGUAAAGUUUCCAUCCCAGGGAACCAUCUUCGAUUAUUAUCUGGAUCACAAAACAAAGAAAUUCUUGCCUUGGACUGAUAAAAUUCCACAGCUGACUGUGGAUCCAGAUGUGCCCCUGCAGAGACUCCUGGUCCACACUUCAGAGACAACCCGGCUUCGGUAUUUCAUUGAGUUGUUGCUCAAGAAAAGACAACCCCUCAUGCUGGUCGGAAACGCUGGGGUGGGGAAAACCAUUUUUGUGGGGGACACAUUGGCAAAGCUCUCUGAGGAUUACAUCGUGUCUCGUGUGCCUUUCAACUACUACACAACGUCUGCAGCUCUGCAAAGAAUUCUUGAGAAACCUCUGGAGAAAAAAGCUGGUCGUAACUACGGCCCGGGAGGAAAUAAAAAAUUGGUGUAUUUUAUUGAUGACAUGAACAUGCCUGAAGUGGAUGUCUAUGGCUCCGUUCAGCCCCACACGCUGAUUCGGCAGCAUAUUGAUUACGGACACUGGUAUGACAGACAAAAGGUGAUGCUUAAGGAAGUCCACAACUGUCAGUACAUUGCCUGCAUGAAUCCCAUGGUUGGCAGUUUUGCCAUCAACCCUCGGCUCCAGAGACACUUUACUGUAUUCGCAUUCAACUUCCCCUCCUUGGAUGCUCUGAAUACCAUCUACAGCCAGAUCCUUAGUUUGCACUUCCAGCAGCAGGCAUUUGAUCCUUCUGUUCUCAGGAGUGGCCCUACUUUGAUCCAGGCAACCAUCAUGGUCCAUCAGAUGAUGACACAGAGCUUUUUGCCCACGGCUGUUAAAUUUCACUACCUCUUUAAUCUGAGAGACCUGACGAACAUCUUCCAGGGGAUUUUAUUUGCUUCUCCUGAGUGUUUGAAGGGUCCACAUGAUUUAAUACGCCUUUGGCUUCAUGAAUCUUGUCGUGUUUACGGAGACAAACUGGUAGACACAAAGGAUUGUGAUUUGUUUCAGAAAAAGCUGCUGGAAACUGCUUGCAAAUGUUUUGAAGUAAGUGCACAAGUGUCAGAGGUCCCCCAGCAGCCCCUCAUUUACUGCCACUUGGCUAGCAGUGGAGGACACCCUCAGUACCUGCCCGUGAAGGACUGGGAGGUACUGAGGACAGUUCUUACGGAAAUGCUGGACAACUACAACGAACUCAACGCUGCCAUGCACCUGGUCUUAUUUGAAGAUGCCAUGCAGCACGUGUGCCGCAUCAGCCGAAUCCUGCAGGCCCCACAAGGCCACGCGCUGUUGAUUGGCGUGGGUGGCUCUGGCAAGCAGAGCCUGUCCCGCCUGGCUGCCUCCAUGUGUGGGCUGGAGGUCUUUCAGAUCACGCUGACUGAAGGCUUUGGAAUCCAGGAGCUGCGGGUGGAUCUUGCCAAUUUGUACAGCAGAGCGGGAGCCAAGAACAUGCCCACCGUGUUCCUGCUGACAGAUGCCCAGGUUCUAGAUGAGAGCUUCCUCGUGCUGAUUAAUGACUUGCUGGCAUCAGGAGAAAUCCCGGAUCUGUUCAGUGAUGAAGAUGAGGAGAAGAUCAUUUCUGGAAUUCGCAACGAAGUUCGCAGUCUGGGCCUGGUGGACUCCAGGGAAAACUGUUGGAAAUUCUUCUUGGCCAGGGUGCGACUGCAGCUCAAAGUCAUUCUGUGUUUCUCUCCCGUUGGCCACAUGCUGAGAGUUAGAGCUCGGAAGUUCCCAGCCAUUGUGAACUGCACAGCUAUUGACUGGUUUCAUGCGUGGCCCCAGGAGGCUCUGGUUUCAGUCAGCAGGAGGUUCAUUGAGGAAACGGAUGGCAUUGAGCCACGAGAUAAGGAUUCCAUUAGCCUUUUCAUGGCACAUGUUCACAUGAGCGUGAAUGAAAUGAGUGCCAGAUAUUACCGGAAUGAGAGAAGAUACAACUAUACUACCCCGAAGAGUUUUCUUGGACAAAUAUCACUGUUUAAGAACCUAUUGAGGAAGAAACAGGAGGAGGUCUCCCAGAAGAAAGAGCACCUGGUGAAUGGCAUCCAGAAGCUAAAAACCACAGCCUCUCAGGUGGGAGAUCUGAAGGCCAGACUUGCCUCUCAAGAAGCUGAGUUACAUCUAAGGAAUCAGGAUGCUGAAGGUCUGAUCACAAAGAUUGGGCUCCAGACGGACAAAGUGAGCCGGGAAAAGGCCAUCGCAGAUGCCGAGGAGAGAAAGGUGACUGCCAUUCAGACUGAAGUGUCCCAGAAACAGAGGGAGUGUGAGGCUGAUUUACUCAAGGCAGAGCCUGCGCUGGUGGCUGCCACCGCUGCCCUCAAUACGCUCAACAGGGUCAAUCUCUCCGAGCUGAAAGCCUUCCCCAACCCACCCAACGCAGUCACCAACGUCACUGCGGCUGUGAUGGUCCUCCUCGCACCCCGCGGCAGAGUGCCCAAAGACCGAAGCUGGAAAGCAGCUAAAGUCUUCAUGGGAAAGGUUGAUGAUUUUUUGCAAGCUUUAAUUAACUAUGACAAAGAGCACAUUCCAGAAAACUGUCUGAAAGUGGUGAAUGAACAGUAUUUGAAAGAUCCGGAGUUCAAUCCAAACCUGAUACGGACCAAGUCUUUUGCAGCCGCUGGUCUCUGUGCCUGGGUCAUCAACAUCAUUAAAUUCUAUGAGGUGUACUGUGACGUGGAGCCCAAACGGCAGGCGUUAGCCCAAGCAAACUUAGACUUGGCCACAGCCACUGAAAAACUAGAGGUGAUCAGGAAAAAACUUGAGGAUCUGGAUCGAAAUCUCAGCAAACUCACGGCUUCUUUUGAAAAAGCAACUGCUGAGAAAGUGCGGUGUCAAGAAGAGGUGAACCAGAGCCACACCACCAUUGAGUUGGCCAACAGGCUUGUGAAGGAACUGGAGUCAGAGAAGAUUCGCUGGGGUCAGUCAAUUAAAUCCUUUGAAGCUCAAGAGAAGACACUCUGUGGAGAUGUUCUCCUUAUGGCUGCCUUUGUGUCUUAUGUCGGCUCCUUUACAAAACAGUAUCGCCAAGAGCUGGUAGACUGCAGUUGGGUUCCCUUUCUUCAACAGAAGGUUUCCAUUCCGGUAACUGAAGGCCUGGACGUGAUCACCAUGCUGACAGACGAUGCGGCCAUCGCAGCCUGGAAUAAUGAAGGGCUGCCCAGUGACAGGAUGUCCACCGAAAAUGCCACCAUCCUAACACACUGUGAGCGCUGGCCCCUGAUGAUUGACCCCCAGCAACAGGGCAUUAAGUGGAUCAAGAACAAGUACGGAGCAGACCUAAAAGUCACACAUUUGGGCCAGAAAGGGUUUUUGAAUGCCAUUGAAACUGCUUUGGCCUUUGGAGAUGUCAUCUUAAUUGAAAAUCUUGAGGAAAUGAUAGAUCCAGUACUUGAUCCACUGCUUGGCAGGAACACGAUAAAAAAGGGAAAGUUUAUCAAGAUUGGAGAUAAAGAGUGUGAAUUUAACAAGAACUUCCGACUUAUCCUUCACACUAAGCUAGCAAAUCCUCACUACAAACCAGAAUUGCAAGCCCAGACAACCCUGCUCAAUUUUACGGUCACAGAAGAUGGUCUAGAAGCCCAGCUGCUGGCAGAGGUCGUCAGUGUCGAGAGGCCAGAUUUGGAGAAACUUAAGUUGGCUUUGACAAAGCACCAGAAUGAUUUUAAGAUCGAGCUGAAGUACCUGGAGGAUGACCUCCUUCUGCGCCUUUCUGCAGCAGAGGGAAGUUUUUUAGGUGACACCAAACUAGUGGAAAGACUGGAGACAACUAAGGCAACGGCAGCGGAAAUAGAGCGCAAGGUGAUUGAAGCUAAAGAAAAUGAAAGAAAAAUCAAUGAGGCCCGAGAAUGUUACAGACCAGUGGCAGCAAGAGCAUCUCUUCUUUACUUUGUCAUUAAUGACCUCCGAAAAAUCAACCCAAUCUAUCAAUUUUCUUUGAAGGCUUUCAACGUGCUCUUUCAUAGAGCAAUUGAACAGGCUGACCAGGUGGAGGACAUGCAGGGGCGCAUCUCAGUCCUGAUGGAGAGCAUCACCUAUACCAUCUUCCUGUAUACCAGCCAGGCACUAUUCGAGAAGGACAAGCUCAUCUUCCUGUCCCAGAUGGCUUUUCAGAUUUUGCUGAGAAAGAAGGAGAUAGACCCUUUUGAACUGGAUUUUCUGCUUCGACUCACAGUUGAACACACUUUCGCGAGUCCUGUUGAGUUUUUAAGCACUCAGUCAUGGAGUGCCGUCAAGGCUGUUGCCCUUCUAGAGGAAUUCAGAGGCCUAGACCGAGAUGUGGAGGGAUCUGCCAAGCAGUGGAGAAAAUGGGUCGAAUCAGAAUGUCCAGAAAAAGAAAAGCUACCACAAGAAUGGAAGAAGAAAAGCUUAAUACAGAAGCUGAUUAUUUUGAGAGCCAUGCGCCCAGACAGAAUGACCUAUGCCCUCAGGAAUUUCGUGGAGGAAAAACUGGGUGCAAAAUAUGUGGAAAGGAUCAGAUUGGAUCUAGCGAAAGCAUUUGAAGAAAGCAACCCAGCCACCCCAGUGUUUUUCAUCCUGUCCCCUGGGGUCGAUGCCCUUAAAGACCUUGAGAUCCUCGGCAAAAGACUUGGUUUUACAAUCGACUCAGGAAAAUUCCACAAUGUAUCUCUAGGCCAAGGUCAGGAGACUGUUGCAGAAGCAGCUCUGGCAAAAGCCUGUAAGGAAGGGCACUGGGUCAUGCUUCAGAAUGUCCAUUUGGUAGCCAAAUGGCUCGGAACCUUGGAGAAACUGCUUGAAAAAUUCAGUCAUGAAAGCCACAGAGAUUAUAGGGUUUUCAUGAGUGCUGAGUCUGCACCUACCCCAAAUGAACAUAUCAUCCCUCAAGGACUCCUGGAAAAUUCCAUUAAGAUCACUAAUGAACCCCCCACAGGAAUGUUGGCCAAUUUGCAUGCUGCCCUCUACAACUUUGAUCAGGAUACACUUGAAGGGUGCUCCAAAGAGCAUGAAUUUAAAAGCAUCCUCUUCUCUCUGUGCUACUUCCACGCCUGUGUGGCAGGGAGACUGAGGUUUGGCCCCCAGGGCUGGAGCCGUAGCUACCCCUUCAAUCCUGGAGACCUCACCAUCUGUGCCAGUGUCCUCUACAACUACUUAGAGGCAAACCCAAAGGUCCCCUGGGAAGACCUGCGUUACCUCUUUGGUGAAAUCAUGUAUGGGGGCCACAUCACAGAUGACUGGGAUCGCAAACUGUGCCGGGCAUAUUUAGAAGAAUUCAUGAAUCCUUCUCUGAUUGAAGAUGAGCUUAUGUUGGCCCCUGGCUUUGCAGCCCCACCAGAUCUGGAUUAUUUGGGCUAUCACCAGUACAUAGAGGAGCAGCUUCCUCCAGAAAGCCCCACACUGUAUGGCCUCCACCCAAAUGCUGAAAUCGAGUUCCUCACAGUGAUGUCCAACACUCUGUUCCGUACGUUACUGGAGAUGCAGCCCAGGAAUGCACUUGGCAGUGAGGAGCUGGGGCAGUCCACUGAAGAAAAGGUUAAGAAUGUCUUGGAUGACAUUUUGGAGAAACUUCCAGAAGAAUUCAACAUGGCAGAAAUAAUGCAGAAAAAUCCCAGUAGGAGUCCCUACGUUCUCGUGUGCUUCCAAGAAUGUGAGAGGAUGAACAUUCUCCUUCGGGAAAUCCAAGUAUCACUUCAACAAUUAGACCUUGGUUUGAAGGGGGAGCUGACGUUGUCCCCUGACCUGGAAGCCCAGCAGGCCUCGCUGGGUUAUGAUGCAGUCCCGGACUCUUGGAGCAAACUGGCAUAUCCGUCCACAUACGGCCUGGCACAGUGGUUCAGUGACCUCCUGCUACGAUGCCGCGAACUCGAGACUUGGACGCAAGACCUCGCGCUCCCGGCAGUGGUCUGGCUCUCUGGGUUCUUCAACCCUCAGUCCUUCUUAACGGCAAUCAUGCAGACCACGGCUCGAAAAAAUGAGUGGCCACUGGAUAAAAUGUGCCUGACUGUUGAUGUUACCAAGAAGACGAGGGAAGAUUAUGGCCACCCCCCAAGGGAAGGCGCGUAUCUCCACGGGCUCCUCAUGGAAGGUGCCCGGUGGGAUGCGCAGGCGGGCAACAUCGCGGAGGCCCGCCUCAAGGAGCUGACGUCCCCGAUGCCCGUCAUCUUCACCAGAGCCAUCCCUGUGGACAGGCAGGAGACCAAGAACACCUACGAGUGCCCUGUGUACAGAACCAAAUCUAGGGGACCCACCUACGUCUGGACCUUCAGGCUGAAGAGCAAAGAGAAGCCGGCCAAAUGGGUGCUGGCGGGCGUGGCGCUCCUGCUACAGGCCUGACCCGGACAUGUGA